CCGCGGUCGUCCAAUGCUCUCUUUCCCAUCGUUGACAAUGUUGCUCGCGUCUGCUGCACGUACGAUUCCCGUUACUCCAACUACAGGUCGCCGAGCUGCUUCAGCUAUUGCCACUAAGUAUUCCAAUGCUGUCUACGCGGCUGCUCUCGCAAAGUCACCCCAGGUUCUCAGCCAAGUUCAUACCGAACUCGCCCAUGUAGCCGCGACCAUGAAGCAAACGCCAGAAGUCAAUGCUUUCAUCCAUAAUCCCACUCUCUCCGCCAAAGACCGGGGAGCUGGUUUGAACUCCCUCUUUUACCGCAUAGAGUCUUCUGGUGCAAAGAAAACUCCCAUAUCCGAUAUCACGAAGAACCUCUUGGCAGUCUUGUCGGAAAACGGCCGUUUAGGAGAGAUGGAAGGCGUUAUUGAAGGCUUCAACGACCUUAUUGCGCAAUACAAAGGAGAGCUCACGGUCACCGUUACUUCUGCUGCACCUCUUCAGAAGGAUAUACUCGGCCGCCUCGAAACGAUCCUCAAACAGUCCCAAGCCGCCCAGAAGGCCAAAACUAUCAAACUCACCAACAAGGUUAACGCAUCCAUUCUCGGAGGAAUCGUUGUCGAUUUUGGCGACAAGACCAUUGAUCUCAGCGCUCAAUCUCGCGUCACGAAGCUUAAUAACGCACUACACCAGGCUGUUUGAGCAUCGCGGAUAACCCACCUCGAUUGGGCGGAGGAAGGUUGUUCUACGGCACUCCUCUCUUGUUGCGUUUGUAGACAGCAAUAAACCUAUAUGCGUUCUCUCGGUUCGAGAGUGUUGUCGCCCUCGUUGAAUGUUCAGAUCGCAACACACGC